GAAAACAUCACUGGAUGGGCUGUUGACUAACCUCAUCAAGGGGAAUCUGCUGCCAUCCGCUCUCCUCUGGAUAACCUCCCGGCCAGCAGCAGCCAAUCAGAUACCUGCUAAGUGUGUCCACCAGGUGACAGAGAUACGAGGGUUCAGUGAUGCCCAGAAGGAGGAGUAUUUCAAGAAGAGAUUUAAUGAUCAGAGCCUGGCCAGCAGGAUUAUCACACAUGUGAAAUCAUCAAGGAGCCUCUUCACCAUGUGCCACAUACCUGUGUUCUGCUGGAUUUCAGCCACUGUGCUUAAGAGGCUUUUUACUGAGAAUGACAGGGGAGAAAUUCCAAGGACUCUGACUGAAAUGUACACACACUUCCUGAUCUUUCAGACAAGUUUAAAAAAUGACAAGAAUAUGAAAAAACAUGAAACUAAGCUUAAGCAAAACAGCAAGCAAUUCCUUUUAAAACUUGGUAAACUUGCUUUUGACAACCUUGAGAAAGGCCAUCUCAUAUUUUAUGAGCAAGAUCUGACAGAGAAUGACAUUGAUGUCGCUGAAACUUCAGUUUACUCUGGAGUCUGCACAGAAGUCUUUAAAGAGGAGUAUGGGUUGUACCAGGAGAAGGUGUACUGCUUUGUGCAUCUGAGCAUCCAGGAGUAUCUCGCUGCUUUAUAUGUGUUUCUGUCAAACUCAUCAACUGACCUGCUGAAGACUGCAGUGGAUCAGGCAUUAGAGAGCAAGAAUGGACACUUGGACCUCUACCUCCGCUUCCUCCUGGGCCUCUCAACAGACUCCAGUAAGACUCUGUUACAAAAACUACUGGGGCCGACAGAAACCAGCUCACAUACCAUUAUGGAAACAGUCCAAUACAUCCAUCCAUCCAUUUGCCAAACCGCUUAUCCCUCAGGGUUGCGGGGAGUCUGGAGCCUAUUCCGGAAGCAAUGGGCACAAGGCAGGGAACAACCCAGGACGGGGGGCCAGUCCAUCAUAGUACCCCAAUACAUCAAGGAGAAAAUACAGGAGAAUUUAUCUCCAGAAAGGACCAUCAACCUGUUCCACUGUCUGACUGAACUGGGUGACAAUUCUCUAGUAGAGGAAGUACAAAGAUACCUGAAUUCAGGAAACAUUUCAGCAAAUGACCUCUCACCUGCACAGUACUCAGCUCUGGCCUUUGUGAUGCUGAUGUCAGAUGAGGAGCUGGAUGUGUUUGACCUGAAGAAAUACAUCAGAUCGGAUAAACAGCACUGCAGGCUGCUGCCUGUGGUCAAGUACUCCAGGACGGCUCUGCUGAACAGCUGUGACCUCAUAGAUAAACACUGUGAAGUGCUGACUUCAGCUCUAAGAUCAAACUCUUCCCCCCUGAGAGAGCUGGACCUGAGUGACAAUAACCUGGAGGAUUCAGGAGUGAAGCUGCUCUCUGCUGCACUGGAGGAUUUACACUGCAUACUGGAGAUACUGAGGCUGUCAGGCUGUAGAGUCACAGAAGAAGGCUGUUCUUCCCUGGCUUCAGCUCUGAGGUCAAACCCCUCACACCUGAGAGAGCUGGACCUGAGCUACAAUCACCCAGGAGACUCAGGAGUGAAGCUACUCUCUGCUCUACUGGUGGAUCCCAGCUGUAAACUGGAGAAGUUGCAGGUGUGCUGGUGUGAACUCACAGAGAAAUGCUGUGAGGCACUGGCUUCAGCUCUCAGAUCAAACUCCUCACCCCUGAGAGAGCUGGACCUGAGUGACAAUGACCUGCAGGACUCAGGAGUGAAGCUGCUCUCUGCUGGACUGGGGGACUUACACUGUAAACUGGAGAUACUGAGACUGUCAGGCUGUAGAGUCACAGAAGAAGGCUGUUCUUCCCUGGCUUCAGCCCUGAGGUCAAACCCCUCAUACCUGAGAGAGCUGGAUCUGAGCUACAAUCACCCAGGAGACUCAAGAGUGAAGCUGCUCUCUGCUGUACUGAAGGAUCCCAGCUGUAAACUGGAGAAGCUGCAGCUGUCAGGCUGUAGAGUCACAGAAGAAGGCUGUUCUUCCCUGGCUUCAGCUCUGAGGUCAAACCCCUCACACCUGAGAGAGCUGGAUCUGAGCUACAAUCACCCAGGAGAUUCAGGAGUGAAGCUACUCUCUGCUGUACUGGAGGAUCUCAGCUGUAAACUGGAGAAGCUGCAGGUGGGCCGGUGUGAACUCACAGAGAAAUGCUGUGAGGCACUGGCUUCAGCUCUCAGAUCAAACUCCUCACCCCUGAGAGAGCUGGACCUGAGUGACAAUGACCUGCAGGACUCAGGAGUGAAGCUGCUCUCUGCUGGACUGGGGGACUUACACUGUAAACUGGAGAUACUGAGACUGUCAGGCUGUAGAGUCACAGAAGAAGGCUGUUCUUCCCUGGCUUCAGCUCUGAGGUCAAACCCCUCACACCUGAGAGAGCUGGACCUGAGCUACAAUCACCCAGGAGACUCAGGAGUGAAGCUGCUUUCUGCUGUACUGGAGGAUCCCAGCUGUAAACUGGAGAAGCUGCAUGUGGAUUACGGUGGAGAGUGCAGGACCAGAGCAGGCUUACAGAAAUACUCCUGCCAGCUGACGCUGGACCCCAACACAGCACACAGACGCCUGUCUCUGUCAGGGGGGAACAGGAAGGUGACAUGGGGGGCAGAGCUGCCAUAUCCUGAUCAUCCAGAGAGAUUUGACUGGUGGGAACAAGUUCUGUGCAGAGAGAGUCUGACUGGCCGCUGUUACUGGGAGGCUGAGUGGGAUGGACGUGCAGCCUGGAUAGGAGUCACUUAUAAAGGGAUCAGGAGGAAAGGAGGGAGUUAUGACUGUGGGCUUGGAGACAAUGACAAGUCAUGGGGUCUGUGCUGUAAUACUGACAGUUACUCUGUCUGGCACAAUAAUAAACAGACUUUCAUACCCAUAGAGCCCUCAGGCUCCCGCAGAGUAGGGGUGUUUCUGGACUGGGGGGCUGGUGCUCUGUCCUUCUACAGAGUCUCCUCUGAUGGACUGACCCCCCUGCACAGACUCACCUCCUCAUUCACUGAGUCCCUCUAUCCAGGGUUUUAUGUUCAUAUAAACUCCUCAGUGUCACUGUGACGUGUUGCUGGUUCUCCUGGCAAAAAGGUAAAAUCUCUGCUUUUUAACCUUUAUAAUCCUUUUUACUCUGAAAUGUACAGAACUGUGCAAAAGUCUUAGGCAGGCAAAGAAAAUGAUGUUUAGAUUA